GGCUGCGUGAAGCCCUGGCGGGCGGCAUGCGCAUGCGCGCGCGGUGGCUGCUGGGAUCCGGUGCACGCGGGGGGCCCCUGUCCUGCUGUUUUCUCUGUUUGGGUGAAAGCCGGGAUAAAAAUGGCUUCAAAACAACCGGAAAUGACAAAUGAUGACCGCUUCAGUCAGGUGAUGAAGGACCCAAGGUUCUGGGAGAUGCCUGUAAAGGAGCGCAAAAUCAAGAUUGAUAAAAGAUUUCAAGGAAUGUUUCAUGACAAAAAAUUUAAACUGAAUUACACAGUGGAUAAGAGAGGAAGACCAAUUAACCACAGCACAACAGAGGAUCUGAAGCGCUUUUACCAAUUAUCAGACUCCGACAGCUUGACAGACAGUGAAAGUGAAAAAAACAAAAGAAAAAAGAAAAAGUUGAAACCAAAAGAAAAGAAGGGUUCUGACAACAUUGAAAAAGAUGCCAUGGUCAAAAGGAAAAAAACAGAAACACUCGUAAAAUUUGGAACGGACAAGGCUAAAGAACAAAUAAUAGACAAACAACCAAAAAGUUCUACUUCAAUUGAUAAUCUCUUGGAAGUCUCUAAUGAAGCCAAAGUUAAAAAAGGAAAAGAAAAGACAGUUAGUAAGAUACAAGUAGCAAAAGAUAAUCAAAGUAAUUAUGUUGAAGUGGAGCAGAAUGAUACAAAGAAAAAGACAGAUUCUGACUCGAAAAAACAAUUGAAGAAAAAUAUUAAUGUAAAUCUGAAAAAUGAAGAAAGCCAUCAAAACAAAGAGAAGAGAAAGAAAAGUAUGAAUAUCGUUAAACCAAGCAUUUUAAAAGAUGCAACUGAAAUAGAAAGUGGCAACUGUGAAGAGGACAGUGACAAUGGUAAGGACAGCUGGGGUGAUGAAGAAUCAUCAGGGUCAGAUAGUCAGAGUAAAACCGAGGAGAAAUCAGAAAAUGAAGAACUUGGAGAUAAUGAUGAAGAAGAAGAAGAAGAAUCAUCUGAGGAGGAGAGCGAGAGUGACAGUGGUCCUGAUUUGGCCAGAGGGAAAGGAAAUGUGGAAACAAGUUCUGAUGAAGAUGAUGAUUUUGCUGAUGUAUUGAAAGUUGGAGAACAAAUUGAGCACAGUUGGGGAGAGCUGGCAAAGGAUGCUCCUCGAGGAGAUGAGAUUACUCGACGUUUAGCAGUUUGCAACAUGGACUGGGAUAGAAUAAAGGCAAAAGACCUGCUGGUUUUAUUUAAUUCGUUUAAACCUACCGGUGGUGUUGUGUUCAGUGUGAAGAUCUACCCUUCAGAGUUUGGAAAAGAAAGACUUCAAGAAGAACAGAUGCAUGGGCCCCUCGAAUUGGUGCAUGCCAAUUUACCAGACAAUGCAGAAGAGGACACAGAAGAACAGCGGAUUGCAAGAGAAAAAGUGCGAGAUUAUCAAUUUAAACGGCUGAAGUAUUACUAUGCAGUAGUGGAUUGUGAUUCUCCUGAAACAGCCAACAAACUUUAUGAGGAAUGUGAUGGAAUGGAGUAUGAAAGUAGCUGCUCUUUUCUGGAUCUCAGGUUUAUACCAGACGUUUUAACAUUUGAGGAUGGGCCAAGGGAUGUAGCUGCAGAUGUGGACUUGGCACCAUACAAACCAAAGUAUUUCACAACAGCAGCACUCGGCACAUCAAAGGGACACCUAACCUGGGAUGAAACUGACCCUGACCGUGCUGCCACUUUGAUGAAACGGUUUAGCAAGGAUGAUGUUUCUGAAAUGGAUUUCCAAGCAUACUUAGCAUCUUCAAGCGAGGAAGAUGAUGACGAGGAGCUGCAGCAAGAUGAAGACAUCAAAUUUGAAGUAAAAGAUAAAAAGACAAAGAAAGAUGACGAACAACAGAUUUUAAAAUACAAAGAGCUACUGAAAACAAUACAAGGAAAGGAAGAGAAACCGAAAGACAUGGAGAUGGAGAUUAAAUGGGUUCCAGGUCUAAAAGAAUCAACAGAAGCAAUUGUCAAGAAGAAAUUGGAGAGAAAGGGUAUGACAACACCAUGGGAACAGUAUUUGCAGAAGAUAAAAGAAAAAAAGAAGCAGAAGAGAAAGAACAAAAGAAAACACGAAGAUGAGGAGGCUAAAGAUGCGGAAGGAAUAAGUGAUGAUGAAAUUCCAUCAGAUGUGGAUUUGAAUGAUUCUUUCUUUACAGAAGAACUGAGACAAUCCGGGUUGCAGCAAAAGAAAUCAAACAAAAACAACAAGAAGUUGACAGAAGAGAAACUGGCACCUAAGGAAGAAGCUGAUUUAGAAAAACAGAAGGCUGAAAUGUCUUUACUGAUGAUGGAUGAAGACGAGGAAGAACGAAAACAUUUUAAUUAUGACAAAAUAGUGGAGCAUCAGAACCUUGGCAAGAUGAAAAAGAAGAAAAUAAUGAAGAAGCAGGGAUAUCUAGAAGAGGACAAGUUCCAGGUGGAUGUUGGUGAUUCCCGGUUUCAAGCCAUGUACACUUCGCACCUGUUCAACCUGGAUCCUUCAGAUCCUGCAUUUAAGAAAACUACUGCCACAAAAUCUAUUCUAGAGGAAAAAUCCAGGCGAAGACAAGAGCAACAAAAGCAGGCAGCAUUUAUCACAACAAAGGAGUGUGAAUUUGUGAGUCCGGACAUGCCAGCUGUGAAGAAAUCUGUAGACCCUGCACUUUCGAUGCUUAUAAAAUCAGUGAGAGCAAAAACAGAGCAGUUUCAUGCCCGAAAGAAACAAAAAGCUGAGUAACAAAAUUACAAGUUUAAAACUAAGAUGAAAUGAACAUCAGAUUCUUUAAAAAUGUCUCAUAUUUUUGAUUGCCUACAGUAAACAUUUAAUAGCAUCACUGGGAACCAAGUUUAUAAAAUUAAUUACUGAAAUACUUUGUUUGCUAAAUCUAAUAAAUGUUUGUUUCCUGAUUACAAGUUUUUGAGAUUGUAAAAUAAAUGUUUACCAAAUCCUUAAGGAUUACCAUCAUCGAUAUUAACCAUAGUGUUGGCGCAUGACUAACAGUACAUAAAGUUUAAUUACUUUUUAUGUUCAUCUGUGAAAACAUGAAGCUUUAAAAAGUUAUGAGGUUCAGUUCAUCUUCAUUAUCCUUUUCCUUGUGUUCUUUGAUCAGGUGCAUUUUGUUCAAUGCAACAGUUGACAUAAUGAGAACGAUGCAUUUUUUAUUAGGAAUGGAUGCUAUAUGAAAGCAAAUAAAAACUGCUAAUCAAGCACACAUGUUUUUAAUUCGUGAAAUAAUGAGGAAAUCAUCUUUUUAAAAGUAGCAAACUAAAUCUAUCUUCUAUACUAAUAAAACAACAAUGUCUGUCUGUCUGUUUGUGCUUCAAGAAGGAUCUCAAUAACCAGUUUACCUAGAGUCAUGAGGUAUACCUCAUCAGAACGGGCUUGCGCCUGGGAGUGACAUGGGCAUAUUUGUUUUCAGGUAACUGCUAUCUUUCAUGAGUUAUGACCUAAAAUGUAUUUCAGUUUUGCAUUUUUUUGCUGCAGUUAAACCUGGUCAAAGUGGUGCUGUGGUGUCGUGGGUCACAGAGCACCUACAUAUGUACGCACGCGCUGCAGUUACAACAGGUGUCCACGCCGGCUGAACAUGGCGGUGUGGCAUCAUGCGUCACAGAGCACUUAUGUAGCCAAGCAGCGGGAACAAAAUGAACACGGGAAGCUGAGCCGCGGCAACAACAACAAAAUUAAAUUUUUAAAACGCUGAGUCGUCCCACUGAGCCGUCCCAAAAGGAAUCCUCCCACAGAAGUUCCCCCACAGCAGUAUAGAUAAAAAUGAAAUGUCUGUCUGUCUGUGUAUUAAUCUACAUUCCAUAUUGGUUCCUUUUCUUUGCAAGCGAAGCUAGUAUUGAAUAAUACUGUGGCUCGGGUUGUUUACUGGCCAAAACAAAAUGAAAAAUUUGUUAAGGAAGCAGAAGUGGGUAGUGACAGGGCUGCCCGGACCUCAGACUAGUAGACUGGGUGUUGGGUGAUUUCCAUCCGAUAAAUUGGCAUUUUUUGUACAAUAUGGACUGUUCCAACUCACUGAGGUGCAGGAAAUGAUGUCCCAAUGAAUUGUCCAAAUUCUGCCUUUUAUUGGUUAAUCUGUGUGUUAUUGAUGAGGAAUUCUGAGGAAUUGUGUUGUUGCAGAUUUAGGAAAAUGUACUGUGACAAUGUAACUUGCAGGUGUGUGUAUUAAAUUAUUUAAUGAAUUUAAAUAA